AUGAUAAUUGAUACAACAGAAAUAGAGACUAUCAAUUCUUUUUCCAAAUUGGAAUCCUUAAAAGAAGUCUAUGGGAUCAUAUGGAUGCUUAUCCCUAUUGUGACUCUUGUAUUAGGAAUCACAAUAGGUGUACUAGUAAUUGUUUGGUUAGAAAGAGAAAUAUCUGCAGGAAUACAACAACGUAUCGGGCCUGAAUAUGCCGGCCCUUUAGGAAUUCUUCAAGCUCUAGCAGAUGGGACAAAACUACUUUUGAAAGAGAACCUUAUUCCAUCUACAGGAGAUACUCGUUUAUUCAGUAUUGGACCAUCCAUAGCAGUAAUAUCUAUCUUUCUAAGUUAUUCAGUAAUUCCUUUUGGUGAUCACCUUGUUCUAGCCGAUCUUAGUAUUGGUGUUUUUUUUUGGAUUGCCAUUUCAAGUAUUGCUCCCGUUGGACUUCUUAUGUCGGGGUAUGGAUCAAAUAAUAAAUAUUCCUUUUUAGGUGGUCUACGGGCAGCUGCUCAAUCAAUUAGUUAUGAAAUACCAUUAGCUCUAUGUGUGUUAUCAAUAUCUCUACUAUCUAACAGUUCAAGUACAGUUGAUAUAGUGGAAGCGCAGUCAAAAUAUGGUUUUUGGGGGUGGAAUUUGUGGCGUCAACCCAUCGGGUUUAUCGUUUUUCUAAUUUCUUCUCUCGCCGAGUGUGAAAGAUUACCUUUUGAUUUACCAGAAGCAGAAGAAGAAUUAGUAGCAGGGUAUCAAACCGAAUAUUCAGGUAUAAAAUUUGGUUUAUUUUACAUUGCUUCAUAUCUGAAUCUACUAGUUUCUUCAUUAUUUGUAACAGUUCUUUACUUGGGAGGUUGGAAUCUUUCUAUUCCGUACAUAUUUGUUCCUGAGCUAUUUGGCAUAAAUAAAGGGGGUAAAGUCUUUGGAACACUAAUUGGUAUCUUUAUCACAUUAGCCAAAACUUAUUUGUUUUUGUUCAUUCCUAUUGCAACAAGAUGGACUUUACCGAGGCUGAGAAUGGACCAACUAUUAAAUCUUGGGUGGAAAUUUCUUUUACCGAUUUCUCUAGGUAAUCUAUUAUUGACAACCUCGUCCCAACUUCUUUCACUGUAA